ACACAAGGUGUAGCUUUGAAAUAUGUUGCAAUGAUAAAACAAAAUAACUACAUUAUAAAGUUAUUAUUGGCAAAAACAAACAAAAAAAUCGUUUCAGUACGCAAAAAAAAAGGCAUAGCUGUUAGCAUCAGGUAGCUAGGUGAGCCUGUCUCCGAAUAAUAUCCAGGAAAUACAAACGUUGUUUUCCUUGGCUUUAGCUCUCAGUCCUGCUGACUGUCCACAGCUCAAAGCAGUGGCAGCAAGGCGAAACAGCUUACUAAAUACCACGAAAAGAACACAGUGAAUGUCCUAUUGUUGGUUUUAAAGUCACACAUCUUGUCUGGAGCCAGGGGGGAACAAACACAGUGGAUUUUGUGGUAGACAGCCUUUUAGUCAGGGAAGAAGAUGAGCGGCCAUAAACUGCUGUUUUCUGGACUGAAGUUGUGGACUUCUGGAUCAUGUAGAUGGACAGGUCGACAUCAUGAUGGUGUGAAUAGGAGAGGAAAGGCGGCAUCUUUUUCCUCUUGCAGUCCUAAGGUGUGCAUUGUUGGAGGUGGUCCAGCUGGAUUCUACACAGCCCAGCAUUUGAUCAAGGCCCGUCAAGAUGUUGAGGUGGACGUCUAUGAGCGGCUGCCAGUCCCCUUCGGCCUGGUCAGGUUUGGAGUGGCCCCUGAUCAUCCCGAGGUCAAGAACGUCAUCAACACCUUCACACAGACGGCCAAACACUCCCGCUGUAGCUUCUAUGGUAAUGUAAACGUGGGGAAGGAUGUGAGCGUCGAAGAGCUACAGCAAGCCUACCAUGCAGUCGUACUGAGCUAUGGGGCCGAGGGAAACAGGAGUAUGGGGGUGCCAGGAGAAGACUUGGCUGGUGUUUACUCUGCCAAAGACUUUGUGGGCUGGUACAACGGACUCCCAAGUUGUCGACAGCUGAGUCCAGACCUGAGCUGUGAAACAGCUGUGGUAACGGGACAGGGCAAUGUGGCCUUGGAUGUAGCAAGAAUCCUGCUGUGUCCCAUUGACAUUUUAAAGAAAACUGACAUCACGCAGCCCGCCCUGGAGGCUCUGGCUGAGAGCCACGUCCGCAGGGUGCUGAUUGUUGGCAGGAGAGGACCCAUCCAGGUCGCCUGCACGAUAAAGGAGCUCAGAGAAAUGGUGAACCUGCGGGAUACCAGACCGGAGAUGAUGGCAGCUGAUUUCGAGGGUGUCACAGAGGCCCUUAAAGAUUUACCAAGGCCCAGGAAGCGUCUUACAGAGCUGAUGUUAAAGACGGCCCUGGAAACCCCAGAAGAAAAGGAGCGGGAGAGGCGGAACAAGGCAUCCCGCACCUGGGGCUUUAGAUUCUUCAGGAGUCCCGUUGAAAUCCUGGCUGACCCUGACCACAAAAGAACAGCUGGCAUCAGAUUGGCAGUCAACAGGUUGGAGGGUUCAGGUGACGCAUCCCGGGCAGUGCUCACUGGAGAAGUGGAGGAUGUGACCUGUGGCCUGGUCAUUAGCAGUAUCGGCUACAAGAGCCUCCCCAUCGAUCCGUCAGUACCGUUUGACCAACGCAAAGCCAUCGUCCCGAACAACAUGGGCCGUGUUCAACAAGCUGCAGGUCUAUAUUGUAGUGGCUGGCUGAAAACAGGGCCCACUGGAGUGAUCGCCACCACCAUGAACAAUAGUUUUGAUACUGCAAGGUCCCUGGUGGAAGACCUGGACUCAGGAACGUUGGUUGUAUCUGCUGCAAAACCUGGUUCACAAAGCAUCAGUGCUCUGCUGGACAAGAGAGGAGUGAAACCAGUGCUUUUCUCAGACUGGGAGAAGAUUGACAUUGUGGAGAUGAAACAGGGUGAAGCCAUUGGGAAACCCAGAGAGAAAUUACUGACCGUGGAGGAAAUGCUGCUGGAGGCUCGAAAGUGACUGAAGAUCGUGGACACUUUAUAACUUUUGCACUGUGGAAUAAAAGCAGUUACCAUGUUGGUUGGGACCUCGACCAAUGACCUCACUGGGAGCAGAAAUAAGUGUUAAUCAUGGACUAAGUUCAUAUUAUACACAGUACACAUUGGAGGUUUUGGGUACUGUUGACAUUGUUAUUCAUGAACUUCAUGUAUGCUAAAAAGUCAAGUCUAUACAGUAAAAAUUUUUACACAUUCAAAUGUCACUGUAAUGUAUAUUAUAAAGCUGCACAUUUUAAAUACAUUUUAUUCAUAUAUUAUUUUAUUCCUGACUUGGAGAAACAUUUUUAAAUGGUGCGUAGUAAUUACAAUGGAUUUUGAGCUGGAUUGACAUAUUUGAUGUUUUGAUUCAGAUGAAUCUGCUAGCGCUGAGAUGACUCCUCCCUUAUUAUUCACAUGGACCUAAGAUGCAGUUUGACUUGAUUUAAAACAUCACAGCUGAGAAUAUUAUUUUUUAAGUGGUUAUCACAAAGUUUCAUAAAAACACCAAAAACAACUUGACCUGAAGUGUCGACUAAGAA